AGGCUUGGGCAUAAUGGAGCAUUGGGAUAGUCCGCCACUCCACUUGUUUAGGAAGCUCAAAUCUCUUUAUACUUACGCACACACCAACUCAUCUUUGAAUUCCCUUGAGCAAUUACUUGGUCUUGAAAAAGUCAAUGGAGAAAUACAUGCAGCUGGGGAUGCGACCUUCCCGUUUUUAAGAGUGUUGCACCUUGACGGAAUGCGGAAGCUGAUGAAUCUUGGGGAUGAUAGCUUUGGACCAGCAGGCCUAUAUUUUCCAAAAGUGGAAAGUCUGAAUGUAAAGGACUGUGACAGCUUACAGAAUUUAAGAUCGUCCGCAAUAUCCUUGAACAAUCUAACAACUCUGCAAGUAAGUCGUUGUAAGGGAUUGAAAAACUUGAUAUCUAUCUCCAUGGCCAAAAGUUUGAUGCAACUCACAAAACUAGAAGUUCAUGCUUGUGAGCAAAUGAUAGAAAUAGUUGCCGGCAGUGGAAAUGACGUUGCAAGAAAUGAGAUUGAAUUCAAGAUGUUGAAACAUUUGGAACUGUCUGCUCUACCAAGUCUGAGAGGCUUCUGCUCCGGAACUCACACUGUCAAAUUCCCGUCCUUGGAAAAUUUAAGGAUGACUGGUUGCACUCAACUGGAGGGAUUCAUCCUUGACGUUACUACGUAUAAAAACAGACUUGGCAAUGAGAUCGAAGACAUCAAGAGUGCUAGACUAAUGCAGCGAUUCCUUUUCGACAACAAGGUUGAAUUGCCGAAGUUGACGAGAUUGACUCUCAAGGGUCUAACCAAGUUGGCCACAAUAUGGAAUAAACAGAUACAGGACACAUCAACACCGCCUCAGCCGAGCUCGUUUGGUUGUGAAAAUCUUGAAUAUGUGGAGAUUGAUUCUUGUGCGAGUUUGAGAAACAUUUUUCCUUUGUGGGUGGCUAGAAAUCUCCAGCAGUUACAGACUCUCGUAGUGAUGAACUGUGGAGUGAAGGAAAUCGUUGCAAGAGAGGAGAGAUUACAAACAGUAUUUAAGUUUGUGUUUCCAAAAGUAACACGCGUGCUCUUUAGGAACUUGUCCGAACUCAUAAACUUCUACCCUGGGAUGCACGUGUGUAGUUGGCCAUUGCUUAAUGACUUGGCAGUGUUUAAAUGCGGCAAAGUAGACAUAUUUGCUGAAGAGUUUUCAAGUUUCCAAGAAAAGCUUGACGGGAACAGUUCCAGUACUCUUAUUAAUCGGCAAUUUCUCUUUUCAAUUGAGAAGGAUUCAUUUCCCAACUUGGAGCGGUUGAGCUUGAAUGCAAUGGAGUUCUCCAAUGGUCCACUCCCAGCAGCAGCGCAGUUUUUUGGUAAACUAAAGAAACUUGAUGUUUGUUGUCCAGAGUCCAAGUCACUUGUUUUCCUGGACAAAUUACUACUCGACCCUGAAGGAAGCAGCACUGCUAGUGUUGUUGGGAUAACGACCCAGCAGUUCCCUCAUUUAAAAGAGUUGAGGCUUGUUCGAAUGGAGAAGCUGAUGCAUCUAGGCCAGGAUGAUGAGGAGGAUAACUCACAAUCAGCCACUCGCAUCCCAAAUAUUCCAAACCUUCAAACUCUGUUCGCAAGUGGUUGUCACAGCUUAAGGAAUCUGAGAUCAUCCGCAAUAUCCUUCGACAAUCUAACAACUUUGCAAGUAAGUGUUUGCGACGGGUUGGAGUACUUGAUAACAUACUCCACGGCCAACAGCUUAACGCAACUCACAACAUUGAAAGUCGAGAACUGCCCAAGACUGGUGCAAAUAGUGGGAAGCAAUGAAGACCACGUUUUAAGAAAUGAGAUUACAUUCCCAAGGUUGAAACAUCUGAAGCUAUGUUAUCUACCAAGACUGCUGGGCUUUUGCUCCGGAAAUUGCCUCGCUAAAUUCCCGUCCUUGGAAACUUCAACCAUGAGCAACCGCCUCAAAUUGAAGAUUUUUGUAGCUGACGACCAAUCGUUACAGCUAACAAUCGAAGAGGAAGACACAGAUGUUGAUGACUUGGAGGAGUGGUUGGCUGCUGACGAUGAAAUGAAUUCAGAAAGUACUGAUUUGAUAUCUUGACCGCAUUUCACUAUUCUACUGCUCUACCUUGCUUCAUCAACUGCUCGUCUCCUCUGAAGUGGAAGAUUGUUCUGCAGAGACUGAGAACCAAAAUCAAAAUCUGGUGAAAUAAUAUUUGUUCUGUAUUGGCCUCCAUGGCCAAGUAGAAGUGAGGAGAUUGAGAGAAGAAAGAAGUAUGUCUGCAUCAAUUUUCAAGCCAUCUGCAGAGCUGAAAAUUGAUGAAAAAAUGUGCUCCAACUCUUUCUGACUUCUAAGAAUGACUUAACAAGAGACUGCUCCAGAUGGUGUUUUGUAUAAACUAGCAUGGAUCAAUCAACAUUACCACCCAACAAGAUGGUGUUUUGUAUAACCCACGUGACUACAGCACGCAAGACACUUCGAACCAAUUGACAAUUUGACAUUACCAACCAAGGCUACACUAAUGGAAACCAAUAUGAAGCGCACCCCCCUUUUCAGUUCUCAUAUGCUAUAAUGAGCCCCUUACUUUCAUAUAUACUGAACCAGAUGAGUAAUGCCCUAUUGUUUUGUAUUACUGACAGUCAAGAAAAUUCAUGCUAAAUUUUUGUAUUAGCCAAACCAAGAACCCAAAAUCUAAAGAUUUGUUCACUG